CCUACCUAGGUAUACAUACAAUACACAUACAAUAGCAUACACAUGAAUGUCUACAUAAUAAACUUGAAAGGAUUCAAGUUUGCGAUCCUGCAGAGAUGGGCUCCAUUCCGACGUUGGACGUCUUUAUACUCACUUUCAAUGCUGCAAAGUGUCAGAUUAAUAUUCCAGUCUUUUCUCGACACCUAUAUAAUGCUUUUGGACAACAUGCUUCGGUAUUGCCUGAAUUGGUCGUCAUCUCCCUCCAGGAGAUGGCUCCAAUGGCCCAGGCAUUCAUUGGAUCCUACAUGCUCAAUCCGUACUUCCAGCGCUAUGAAUCGGCUGUCAAUGUUGCCGCUGCUAAGUUUACUGCCGAACAAGAGCGUGAGCAUCACCCAAAAGACCGUCCCUAUACAUUGGUGGCCAUGCGCAAUGUUGGUAUGACAGGCAUUAUGUUCUUCACCCGUGACCCGGUAGUCGUGCAAAGCCUCCAGGCUGCCGAAGUGGGAUUUGGCGCAGGAGAUAUGGCGAAUAAAGGUGCUGUAGGCCUUCGAGUGGUGUGCGAGAAAAAGGAAGCCGGUAGUGAUUCCACGCCUCGAAGGAGUGAGCUCACUUUUGUUGCUGCUCACCUUGCCGCCAUGGAGUGGAACCUAGCCAGGAGAAACAAGAAUUGGGAAAAUAUCGUGUCAGGCCUCGUUUUUGAGGACCCCAAGGGAUUUGCAGGCCGCCCAUCGUUACAACCUACACUUCAGGGUUCCGAUGAAUCUGAAGAAGCCCAACAGGCUCUCCUUGGACGGGACGACUCAUACUACAAGGCACUGCAGGAUAUAUCCAUAUACAAGCCUAGUGCCCACCUUUUUAUCGCCGGUGAUCUAAACUAUCGCUUGUCAACGACUUCACCAACCUCGGGCUCAGUGUUCCCCGACGUCGACGCUGAGAGUCCAAAUUAUUUUGAUCAUUUCCUAAGCCGUGACCAGCUAAUCGCAGAGAAGGCUGCCAGUCGUACACUGCACGGGUUAAGCGAGGCAGACAUCAAAUUUCCGCCGACAUACAAACUUACACUAUCCCCCAAAGCUGAACCGGAGACGGAGCUUGCCCGCAUCGGGGACGAGCAGGACGAUAUAGACGAGGUUGAGUGGUCGUGGGCUUUGCAUCGUUGGCCGGGCUGGUGCGACCGUGUAUUGUUCCUUGACACGCCGUGGUGGGUUCAAGAAACUACGGGCGAGAAGAUGAGUGUGACGGCCUACGAUGCAAUUCCUGCUGUCAGGUCGAGUGAUCAUAGACCAGUGUUCCUACGCGUAAAGGUGCCUAUGCUUGAGCCUGAUGGCCUCAUGCGAAUACCGACGGGACCGGAUAACGAAAAUGAGUUGGGCGGCAAUCAACAGCGGCCUGUCGACCCACGCAUCAAAUUGCCAUUCCCCAUCGAUUUCCAGUCCUGGGAGCACAGAGCCCAAGUCAAGAAGUGGGAGUCUACCAUCGGGUGGUCCAUGCUGAUCUCGCAGUCAAAACAGGGCAUCAUGUUAUUUGUUACCGUGCUCCUGGUUAGCCUCGGUACAUGGUGGUAUCGGUCGCGGUAGGACUCGGCCUUGAUGCGAGUUGCCGGAUGGACAACUAGCUGGCUGGCUGGCAUGUCACGGAUGAGUUGGGCACGGGCUCGAAGUGGUUGAGCUAUUUUGCAUUCUGGUCUUGCAUCGAUUCACCUUAGAGUCACUAAAUCUGCCACCUGCAUUCAUAAGUUAGCCUUGGGGUAUGUCAGGAUUGAUCGCCAUGAUUCUUUGGUGGCGAUUUAUUGGGUCCUUGGCAGUAUUGGAGGCGUUGGGAUUCUGUUUAGAGGGAGCUCGGGUAUUGAUUAAAUCGGUUGGAAUUCGCGGGGAGUGGGUGAUAGUUAUACCCUUGCAUUAAAGACUAGAAGCAUU